CUCUGGCAGUUCAGAGCUACGCAGAUCAGCCAUGGACAAUAGGCAUGACUCUGAGACUGUUAGAAACAAAUGCGCAGCAUGUUUCAGGCAAUACAACAAGGUGGAGCAUCUGGUGGAACAUAUGAGGGUUUCAUUUCACUCGGUGCAUGAGCCAAAGUGUGGGGUAUGCCAAAAACACUGCAGGUUUUUUGAAUCUCUCAGGGAGCAUCUGAUAGGACCACUGCCGAAGAUUGAAUGUGCCAGGGUAUUCAGAACUCGAGGAUGUAAUCUAUGCCUCAACAUCUUCGAAAGUCCAAAUGCCCUUGGAACUCACCGUGCAUCAUGCCAACUCUCUCGCGAUGCUUCGGGGCUUACCUCUCGGAUGUCGAGGAUGAGCUUGCAAGACACAUCGGAUUACGGCACGCGAAAUCAAGGUUCCCAGGUAGUUGCUUUGGCUUGCAAGAUGGUCGGAGGAGGAAGCGAUGGAUCACUAGACCUGUGUGCCAGGGUCUGCCUGAUCGGCGAGGACGAGAACGUUAUCUUCCAGACCUACAUCAAGCCCCAAAUACCGGUCACAAACUAUAGGUAUGAAACGACAGGGAUAAGACCUGAAUACUUGAGGGACGCAAUGGCGCUGAAGCAAGCACAGAGGAGGAUUCAGGACUUCCUUAGCAACGGAGAACCCAUCUGGAAGAUACGCUCUCGGGGUGGAGAGGCAAGAAUCCUCGUAGGGCACGGUCUGGAUCACGACCUCGAGUGCCUUGGAGUUGAAUACCCUGAAUUCUUGAUCAGGGACACAGCAAUCUACCCACCGCUGAUGAGGACUAGCAAGCUCAGCAAUUCGCUCAAGUAUCUGACACAAGCCUACCUCGGUUAUGACAUUCAAACUGGAACGCAAGACCCGUACGAGGACUGUGUGGCUGCGAUGAGGAUUUAUAUCAGGAUGCGAUCACAGAAUCAUCCGCGCGACUACGCCUCAGGCUGCGGCGAGAGCCGCAACAAUUACCCAGCGUGGAGGCAACGGGAGCUGGAGAAGAUGACACCUGAUGCGUUACUGGAACUCUCGGCAUCCGAUUACUACUGCUGGUGCCUGGACUCUUAA